AUGCCGCGGGGCCGCCCCCCGAAGCCCAAGGAGAGCAAGGCGCGCGGCGACACCGAUGGAGUUUUAACAUUGAAUGCGGAGAACACUAAUUAUGACUAUCAAGUUCCAAACUUCCAUAAAUGUGAAAUCUGUCUGCUAUCUUUUCCAAAAGAGUCCCAGUUUCAACGCCACAUGCGGGAUCACGAGCGAAAUGACAAGCCACAUCGAUGCGACCAGUGCCCCCAAACCUUUAAUGUUGAGUUCAACCUGACCCUUCACAAAUGUACCCACAAUGGGGAGGAUCCUACUUGUCCCGUGUGUAACAAGAAAUUCUCCAGAGUGGCUAGUCUCAAAGCACAUGUUAUGCUGCAUGAAAAGGAAGAGAACCUCAUCUGCUCUGAGUGCGGGGAUGAGUUCACCCUGCAGAGCCAGCUGGCCAUCCACAUGGAGGAGCACCGCCAGGAGCUGGCCGGGAGCCGCAGUCACACCUGCAAGGCCUGCAGGAAGGAGUUCGAGACGUCCUCACAGCUCAAGGAGCACAUGAAGACACACUACAAGAUCAGGGUGGCCGGCACCAGGUCAUACAACAGGAACAUCGACAGGAGCAGCUUCACAUACUCCUGCCCGCACUGCGGAAAGACGUUCCAGAAGCCGAGCCAGCUGACGCGGCACGUCCGGAUACACACAGGUGAAAGGCCAUUUAAGUGUAGCGAAUGUGGAAAAGCUUUUAACCAGAAAGGAGCGCUGCAGACUCACAUGAUUAAGCAUACGGGUGAGAAGCCCCACGCCUGUGCCUUCUGUCCCGCCGCCUUCUCUCAGAAAGGGAACCUCCAGUCCCAUGUGCAGAGGGUUCACUCCGAGGUCAAGAAUGGCCCUACUUAUAAUUGUACAGAAUGUAGUUGUGUAUUUAAAAGUUUAGGUAGCUUGAACACUCACAUCAGCAAGAUGCAUAUGGGUGGACCACAGAAUUCAGCAGGCGCUACAGAGACUGCUCACGUCUUAACGGCCACGCUGUUUCAGACUUUACCUCUCCAGCAGACGGAUGCCCAGGUCCCGUCGGCUCCCGGUCAGCAGAGCUCGCAGGUGGUGACCGACGUCAUCCAGCAGUUGCUGGAGCUGUCAGAGCCGGGGCCGGUGGAGGCCAGCCAGCCGCCCCAGGCUGCCCAGCAGCUGAGCAUCACCGUGGGCAUCAACCAGGACAUCCUGCAGCAAGCCUUAGAAAACAGUGGGCUGUCUUCAAUUCCAGUUGCAGCGCAUCCGAGCGACCCCAGCCACACCAAGGCCGCGGCAGCUCAGGGCCAGACCCCAGACGCUACGAGCAUUUCAAGCGAGCCAGCUGACCCUACAGACACAGAGCAAGAGAAAGAGCAGGAAAGCCCAGAGAAGCUGGAUAAAAAGGAGAAAAAGAUUAUAAAGAAGAAAUCACCGUUUCUACCAGGGUCGAUCCGCGAGGAGAACGGCGUGCGCUGGCACGUGUGCCCCUGCUGCGCCAAAGAGUUCCGCAAGCCCAGCGAUCUGGUGCGCCACAUCCGCAUCCACACCCACGAGAAGCCCUUCAAGUGCCCCCAGUGCUUCCGGGCCUUCGCCGUGAAGAGCACGCUGACCGCCCACAUCAAGACGCACACGGGCAUCAAGGCCUUCAAGUGCCAGUACUGCAUGAAGAGCUUCUCCACCUCGGGGAGCCUCAAGGUGCACAUCCGCCUGCACACAGGAGUCAGACCUUUUGCUUGUCCUCACUGUGACAAGAAGUUCCGAACCUCAGGCCACAGGAAGACUCAUGUCGCCUCUCACUUUAAACACACGGAGUUGAGAAAGAUGAGGCACCAGCGUAAACCUGCCAAAGUUCGCGUGGGCAAGGCGAAUGUCCCAGUCCCUGACAUUCCUUUGCAGGAACCGAUUCUCAUAACAGACGUAGGUCUUAUCCAGCCCAUUCCAAGGAACCAGUUAUUUCAAAGUUAUUUUAAUAACAAUUUUGUAAAUGAAGCAGAUAGACCAUACAAGUGUUUUUACUGUCAUCGUGCCUAUAAAAAGUCUUGCCAUCUUAAACAACACAUCAGGUCCCAUACAGGUGAAAAGCCCUUUAAGUGUUCUCAGUGUGGAAGAGGCUUUGUCUCUGCAGGAGUGCUCAAAGCGCACGUGCGAACGCACACAGGCCUGAAGUCUUUCAAGUGUCUGAUCUGUAACGGCGCUUUCACGACUGGGGGGAGCCUACGGCGACACAUGGGCAUCCACAAUGACCUCCGCCCCUACAUGUGCCCCUACUGUCAGAAGACGUUCAAGACCUCGCUCAACUGCAAGAAGCACAUGAAAACCCACAGAUACGAGCUCGCCCAGCAACUCCAGCAGCAUCAGCAGGCCUCCUCCAUGGACGACAGCACUGUGGACCAGCAGGGCAUGCACGUGUCCACACCGAUGCAGGUGGAGAUCGAGAGCGAGGCACUGCAGCCCAGCGCCGAGGCUGUGGCCGCCAACCCCGGGGCCAUGCUGGAGCUGGGGCCGCCGCACGGCGUGAGCGCCGAAGAGGCGGGGCUGGGCCCGCAGAUGGCGGGGCAGCCUUUGGAGGCAGAGGAAGACAGGUUCGUGGCCCCACAGCAGGCCCUGCAGGGGCACGUGGACCAGCUUCACGAGCAGGCACCCCCUCAGCAGUCCUUCGAACCGGCUGGCUUGUCUCAGGGUUUUACAGUGACUGACACAUACAGUCAGCAGACCCCGUUCCCCCCAGUCCAGCAGUUACAAGAUUCUAGCACACUGGAGUCCCAGGCCCUCUCCACGAGCUUCCACCAGCAGAACCUCCUUCCCGUGCCUGGCACCGACACCAUUAAUGUAACAACUCGUUUGAUUCAGGAGUCCCCCCAGGAGGAGAUGGACCUGCAGCCUCCGCGCCCCCCGUUCCUGGAGGAGGCGGAAGAGCAGAGCCGGCGCUCCUACAGGUGUGACUACUGCAGCAAAGGCUUUAAGAAGUCCAGCCACCUGAAGCAGCACGUGCGCUCACACACAGGGGAGAAGCCCUACAAGUGCAAGCUCUGCGGACGUGGCUUCGUCUCCUCCGGGGUCCUCAAGUCCCACGAGAAGACGCACACCGGAGUCAAGGCCUUCAGCUGCAGCGUGUGCAGCACUGCCUUCACCACCAACGGCAGCCUCACCAGGCACAUGGCCACGCAUGUAAGCGCGAAGCCCUACAGGUGUCCAUUCUGCGAGCAGGGCUUCCGGACCACAGUGCACUGUAAGAAGCACAUGAAGACGCACCAGGCAGCCGCCUCGGGCGGGUCGGCGCCAGGAGACGCGGACGGAGGAGAGAUGGGUCUGGAGGAGGAGGAGGACGGCUCCGAAAGAAGCACGUCCCGGAAGGCGCGCCCGGAGGUCAUCACCUUCACCGAGGAGGAGACGGCGCAGCUGGCCAAGAUCCCGCCGCAGGAGAGUGCCACGGUCUCGGAGCAGGUGCUGGUGCAGUCGGCCGCUGAGAAGGACCGCAUCAGCGAGAUGAAGGACCGGCAGGCCGAGCUGGAGGCCGAGCCCAAGCACGCCAACUGCUGCUCCUACUGUCCCAAGAGCUUCAAGAAGCCCAGUGACCUGGUCAGGCAUGUUCGAAUCCACACUGGAGAAAAGCCAUAUAGAUGUGAGGAAUGUGGGAAGAGCUUCACAGUGAAGUCCACCCUAGACUGCCACGUGAAGACUCACACAGGCCAGAAGCUCUUCAGCUGCCACGUGUGCAGCAACGCCUUCUCCACCAAGGGCAGCCUGAAGGUGCACAUGCGCCUGCACACCGGCGCGAAGCCCUUCAAGUGCCCGCACUGCGAGCUGCGCUUCCGCACGUCGGGGCGGAGGAAGACACACAUGCAGUUCCAUUACAAGCCGGACCCCAAGAAGGCCCGGAAGCCCGCGCCCCGAGCGGCGGCCGAGGGCCCGCAGCCCGUGAGCGCGGCCCCCGCACCCUCUGCUGACCCCGGCGUGUUCAUCAUGAACAGCCCGGUGCUGACCGGGCAGCUGGACCAGAGUCUGCUGCAGCCGGGCCUGCUGGGCCAGGCCGUCCUGCCGGCUUCCGUGUCAGCUGGUGGUGACUGGACAGUGUCUUUGACGGACGGGAGCUUGGCCACCCUGGAAGGCAUACAGCUACAGCUGGCAGCUAACUUGGUGGGGCCCAAUGUCCAGAUCUCCGGGAUCGAUGCCUCCACUGUCAAUAACAUCACUCUGCAGAUUGACCCGAGUGUCCUGCAGCAGACCCUGCAGCAGGGCAGCCUGCUUGCUCAGCAGCUGACAGCGGAGCCGGGCCUGGCCCCGCAGGGCAGCUCCCUGCAGACGCCGGACACCACAGUCCCGGCCAGUGUGGUCAUUCAGCCCAUCCCAGGCCUGUCCCUGCAGCCCACGGUGACAUCUGCCAACCUGGCCAUAGGCCCACUUUCGGAGCAGGACUCGGCGCUGGCCACCAGCAGCAGCGGGACGCAAGACCUCUCUCAGGUGAUGACCUCGCAAGGCCUGGUCUCCACCUCCGGCGGCCCCCACGAGAUCACGCUGACCAUCAACAACUCGAGCCUGAGCCAGGUGUUGGCCCAGGCUGCCGGGCCUGCUGCUGCCACAUCCUCGGGGCCGCCACAGGAGAUCACCCUGACCAUCUCUGAAUUCUUCUCGGAUCAUGUAGAAAAUAACGAUAGAAAAAUAGGUCAAGAUCUUAUUCAACACAGUUCUAAUGGAAGUAGUGAACUAAACGGAAGCAUAAGAUUGUCAGCACCUACAAUCAAUAAUCAAUCCGCAGGUGCCACCUUGACGAUAAGCAAUGACCAGCUUCUCUCACAGAGUGCAACAUUAAACUCUUCAGAACUUAACGCCACAGCUGGAAGCUUGCCUCCCACGACGCCACUGUCGCCGUCUGCUGUCUCUGCGCAGAGCCUGGUCAUGUCCUCGUCUGCGGUGGGGACCGAGGCCAGCGUCACGCUGACCCUGGCAGACACCCAGGGCUUGCUGUCCGGGGGGCUGGACACCGUCACGCUCAACAUCGCCUCUCAGGGUCAGCAGUUCCCAGCCCUACUCACGGACCCUUCUCUCUCGGGCGCGGGGGGUGCGGGCUCACCCCAGGUCAUCCUGGUGAGCCCCCCCGCACAGCCGCCGUCUGCCUGUGAGGAGAUCACCUACCAGGUGACGGACGUCUCUGCCAGCCUGGCCCCGGGCGGUGCGCCCGAGAAGGAGGCCCGGCUGCACGCGUGCCUGGAGUGCGGCUGCAGCUUCACCUCAGCCGGCCUGCUGCUGCAGCACAGCAAGGCAGCCCACGGGCGUGAGCGCAUCCACAUCUGCCCCGUGUGCAGGAAGGCCUUCAAGCGCGCCACGCACCUCAAGGAGCACAUGCAGACGCAUCAGGCCGGUCCUUCCUUAAGCUCUCAGAAGCCGCGGGUGUUCAAGUGUGACACGUGUGAGAAGGCCUUUGCCAAGCCCAGCCAGCUGGAGCGCCAUAGCCGCAUCCACACAGGGGAGCGGCCGUUCCGCUGCGCGCUCUGCGAGAAGGCCUUCAACCAGAAGAGCGCGCUGCAGGUGCACAUGAAGAAGCACACGGGAGAGCGGCCGUACAAGUGUGCCUACUGCGUCAUGGGCUUCACGCAGAAGAGCAACAUGAAGCUGCACAUGAAGCGGGCCCACAGCUACGCAGGGGCGGUGCCGGAGCCCGUGGGCCAGCAGGACCAUGGAGCAGAGGCGCUGAGCCACGCGCUGCACCUGGACGAGGUGGUCCCAGAGCCUGCGACCUACCGUAUGUUAGUAUACUGGGACCGUGAGAGAUGGCUGGACCACUUCUCUCCACGACAGAGAGCUGCCCGUCAGUCAGGAGAAGGCGGCACCUGGGGCGUGAACGUGAGGACAGAGUCAGCCUGACCCAUGAGUGAGGACUCGGCCGUCCCCGCUGGAGGCGGCCACGCGCGCCCGAGUCCCUGCCGGCCCACGGCCGGGUCAGCAGGAAGCACAAGGCACUGCAGGCUGCAGACGGCAGCGCCGGCUCCCGGGCGCGGAGACGCUGCCGCCCCAGCGCCCCAGCGCCCCAGCGCCCCGAGGAUAGGAGCCUGUCCGAGCCCCGCGGUGUUCUCCUCGUCCAUAAGCAGGUGUACUUUUUAUUUCAGGGAAUCCUUUAGUAUCAUCAAUGGUGCCACGUUGAACAUGCCCCAAACCAACCAAAUCCCGCCCUCGCUGGGGCAGAGCGCGCGUCGAUCCCACGGCAUUCCAAAGACAGAAACUUCUUACUCCACGUGACUCUCUCCUUGGAAGUUAUUUAUAUGUUCUGUGUAUAAAUACGUAUGUACAUAUGCAGAUAUAUGGGCCUCUGUGUGGCUGAACAGUAUAUUUUGUAAAUAAGCACUAUCCCUGUUACAGAGCGAGCGACAGACAGCAUUUUUACCUCCAACGAGCACUUCAGAUCAGUAUUCAUUCAUUUUGUUAAUAAAGAAACGGACAUCCUCGUCAUUGUGACAUAAAGCUGGGGUUGCUUUUUUUGUGUUUGUUUUUCCUAAGAAUAAUUGCCUUUAUUUUUCUCAUUGCCUCAGUGGUUUCAGAAGAGAGCAGUUUUAUUAUAAAUAUUGUAUGGACUUUGUAUAUUAAGAGAGGAGCUCAUUUCAGAUUCCUGAAGAGAGACAUUUCACUGUUAUUUUUUGA